AUGUGUGCACGAUUCUGUGUGCAAGUAGACUUUCUAUAAAAUACCAAGAAAAUCGCUGUUCUGCUGCUGGCUGGCUCCAUUUCUGAGAUCCAGAGCGCCAUCUCCGUAGAAAUGUACUCAUAGAAAAAUCCCAACUGAGCAGGAGGAGGAGAGAACAAGAACCCACUUUCUCCUUCUUCUUCUUCAUCCCAACAAAACCCUAAAUUCCUCUCAAUUGGGCCCCUCAAUGGCCGACCAAAAAGACCAGAAGAAACCCAACCAGUCCAUCCCUCCCUACAUGAAGGCUAUAUCGGGCUCGAUCGGAGGAACCGUGGAGGCCUGCUGCCUGCAGCCCAUCGACGUCAUCAAGACCCGGCUGCAGCUGGACCGGUCCGGCGCGUACAAGGGGAUCGUCCACUGCGGCACCACCGUGGCCCGCACGGAGGGCGUGCGGGCGCUGUGGAAGGGGCUGACACCGUUCGCGACGCACCUGACGCUGAAGUACGCGCUGAGGAUGGGGUCCAAUGCGAUGUUUCAGACGGCGUUGAAGGAUUCGGAAACGGGGAAGCUCAGUAACGCGGGGAGGGUUUUUUCUGGGUUUGGCGCUGGCGUGCUUGAAGCUCUCGUGAUUGUUACGCCAUUUGAGGUGGUUAAAAUAAGAUUGCAGCAACAGAAAGGAUUGAGCCCUGAGCUGCUAAAGUAUAAGGGCCCUAUACACUGCGCUCGUAUGAUCAUUCGUGAAGAAGGCCUCCUUGGUCUCUGGGCGGGGGCUGCUCCAACCGUCAUGCGCAAUGGGACUAACCAAGCUGCCAUGUUUACAGCUAAGAAUGCCUUUGAUGGGCUCUUAUGGAAGAAACAAGAAGGUGAUGGGAAAGUCCUCCAACCGUGGCAGUCUAUGAUAUCAGGAUUCCUUGCUGGUACUGCUGGUCCGGUGUGCACUGGCCCUUUCGAUGUUGUCAAAACAAGAUUGAUGGCCCAGAGCCGAUCACCCAGUGGUGAAUUGAAGUACAAAGGCAUGAUCCAUGCUAUCAGGACUAUAUACAGCGAGGAAGGGUUGCGUGCCUUGUGGAAGGGACUUCUGCCUCGGCUUAUGCGGAUCCCACCAGGCCAGGCCAUCAUGUGGGCUGUGUCCGACCAAAUAACUGGAUUUUAUGAGAGGAGAUAUAUGCGUAAUACACCGUUAUAGGUACCAUCCAUGGACUUCUGCUUUUGGUAGAUUUCAGUUCAAUUCAACGUAACUCUUAUAGGUUGGAAGAGGUAAACCAAAUCAAACUAAGAUAAAUGUGGGUUUACUCCAAGAAUCAUCUUCUCCAUUCUUCUCCUUCAAGGGCAGAGGAGGUGACAGGACAAAAUUCCCUCAAUCUAGCUUAUUCCAUUUUUCGUGUUAAGUAAUUCGUGGACCCGACUGAGGUUGUGGGAGGUGGAGAUCGAGCUUUGUUAAACGAAAUUAUCAUUUGCUAUGCGCACGAGGAUCAAGGACGGAAAUCUUGAGCUGGCAUCCGUGGAUUACUACUCCGAAGCCAUUCCUCUAAAGGGGAGGUUGAUCCAUUCUUACCAGUCAGUCGGUCCUUUUUUUUUUGACCGGCAAUUGUACCAGUCAGUCUUGCCCAUUGUAGUUUUGGUAAAGAUUUCACUUCUCAGUUGCUGUUUUGUAUUUUGAUUGUUUCGGUAUUUGCGAUAGCCUAAACCUUCCCAUUGAUUGAUUUUAUAACUGCAAAUACCUCCUUGUUGGAGCAUUCUUACUUUCAA